AUGGAGAAUAAGAGGGAGUGGAUGAAGAAAUAUACAGGAAAGGUAUGUCCCAAAAUUUUAAAAAAGUUGAAAAAGGUAAAAACUGCUUCUAAUGCAUGUAUAGCUACACAUUCAGGGGACUGGAAUUAUGAGGUGAGAUGUAUGUAUGGGGAUAGGUACACUGUGAAUUUGGCUAGCAGAACUUGUAGUUGUAGAAGGUGGGAACUAAAUGGCAUUCCUUGUGCUCAUGCAAUAAGUGCUAUUGCUUUGACAAAGGAGUCUCCCGAGAACUUUGUUCAUGAAUGCUACUCAAAAGAGGCCUAUAUGAAGGCAUAUGGGCCUAUAAUAUAUCCUCUCAAUGGUGAGCAUUUGUGGAAGGAUUUGAAACAGGGGCCUAUCCUACCACCUGAAACCAUCAAGCUUCCUGACCGGCCAAAGAAGGUAAGAAGAAGAGAGCCAGAUGAGCCACCAGCUACAACAACUUCUCGAGGACAAACAAAGAGACUGUCUAGAGUUGGUCUAAUGGAUUAUAAGUGCAGAAAGUGUAAACAGAAGGGCCACAAUAGUAGGAAGUGUCCAAGCAGUCAUGAUCAAGAGAAUGUCCAGCAACAAGCUACUGCGAUUACAAGUAGCUCUCAAUCACAACAGCAGACUCCCAACACUAUGAAUCCUGGUGCAAACAAGCAGUCCCAACCUCAGCAGUCCAAUUUCACACCUGAAGCAGUUUUUGGUGCAAGUGGCUUGGAGACUGAUACAAAUGACCAAGUCUUGUUUGAUCUCAUCAGUCAAAUCCCAGAUCAACCUACAACCAGCCAACCACCUACUUCAACAUUGACAACAAAGAAUGCAACAUCUCCAGUUCAUGUUUCUCUACUUGUUCAUACUAAUAAUAGCAUGUUGACUUCUUUCUAUACUAUUAUUUAUUUACUUGAAUUUCUGGUUGCCAAUUGUUAG